ACAUGGGUGUCUGUCCAGAGGGAUAUAGUAUGGCUAUCCAGUAGACUGGGACUGUCCUCACAGAAGGAUUACCAUGGGCGGAUUACUGUGGCAUUGUUGCAUGUCCACACACCAAAAUCACUGCAUCACUGGACAGUUCCCGCAAGUUUCAAAUUGCUGUUGUUCGUUGUGAGAUGGGAAUCAAAAUUCCCUUCCGUCGCUACGGCUGGUACCACCCAAGGGCUCAUACAUUGUGUAUAAGAGUGCAGAGGUUUGAGAUUCUGAGGGACAAGCAAAGAAACAGCGGAGGCGCUUCAGCAAGAGGUGCCGUGAGAAAGAUAUCCAUCUCUCACACACUCAGCACUUGCCGCACCCGGAUCGCAUCCAACAGCAGUAGCCUCUUCCUCCUCUGCUUUAGCAUGGCCAGGUCUAGUAGAGCGACUUUAGUCUUGCUCAUCUACGGAAUCAUAAUGCACUACAGCGUCUUCUGCGCCCCUAUUGGACUAAGUUACCCAAAGAUUAGACUUGAAAACGACGCAUAUGAUGAAGACGGAAAUUCGUUAUCUGACAUGGCUUUUGACAGUGAUCAAAUUGCUAUACGAAGCCCCCCAUCUUUAGACGACGACGUGUACACGCUAUACUACCCACCAGAGAAGAGAACAGAGAGGCACGCAGAUGAAGAAUUAGAUAGAGCCUUGAGAGAGAUCCUGGGUCAGUUAACAGCGAGGCAAUAUCUGCAUUCUCUGAUGACAAUACGUGUAGGGGAGGAGACCAGUAUGGAAGACGAGUCGGAACCGUUAUCCAAAAGACAUUCGGAUGGGAUCUUCACUGACAGCUACAGUCGUUACCGAAAACAGAUGGCAGUCAAGAAGUACCUCGCAGCGGUCCUGGGAAGAAGGUACAGACAGAGAGUUAGGAACAAAGGACGUCGGCUUUCAUACUUGUAGCGUCUUUAGAGAGCCCAAAAUGCCCUCCUGUGUAUAUAUCCAAUCGUAAAAUCAAAGUCAUUCUGAUAUAACUGACCAAACAGUGGAUUGCGCCUGUGUUCUUUAAACAUGUAUUUAUGUAUGAAGUAAAGCCAUUAAAAUGAAUAUUUUAAUAA